AUGGCCGUCGACAUGAAGUACACGCCCGAGGAGAUUGUCCAGGACAAGGCCUCUUCGUCAGAGGAAGGCAUCGAGAGCAUCCAAGAUGGCGCCGUCAAGAAGAUCUCCAGGAUCUCUUCCAUCAUGACCGUUGUGGUCUCGGGCCUGGCGCUGUUCAGUGAUGGCUACAACGCUCAGAUCAUUGGUUACAUGAAGCCACUGCUCAAAGUGUUGUACAAGGAUGGUUUGUCGGAUACCAUGAGCACGAGGCUCUCGAACUCAUACCUCAUCGGCGAGAUCUUCGGCAUGUUGUUCUUCGGAUUCGUCAUUGAUAAGAUCGGACGUCGUACUGGUAUCGUCUUCGCUACCUUGUUCCUGGUUCUCGGCAUAGUCUUGGCGACUGCUGCACACGGCACAACCCAGCUCGGUUUGUUCUGGAUGAUGGUUGUCGGGCGUGGUGUCGCCGGUUUCGGUGCUGGUGGAGAAUACCCUGUCUGCGGCACAGGUUCCACUGAAGCUUCCGAUGAGAGCCACUACGUUAGAAAACGAAGAGGUAUCCUCGUAGCCCUCACGACCGACUUCGCCAUCGACUUCGGCUUCGUCAUUGCUGGUUGUGUCGCCUUGAUCGUCCUCGCAGCUUACAACUACAAGACGUCAGAUGGCAUAUGGAGAAUCUGCUUCGGUCUGGGCUUCGUGCUUCCCAUCGCUUUGUUCUUCUUCCGGAUUCGCAUGAUCGAGAGCACGCAAUACCGCAAGCAUGCGAUGAAGAAGAAGAUCCCGUACUGGCUCGUCAUCAAGCGCUAUUGGAAGCCAAUGCUCGGUACCAGCUUGGCGUGGUUCUUCUACGACUUCGUCACCUACCCUUUCGGCCUCUUCAGCUCAACUAUCAUCGGACAACUCAACCCUAAUGACUCAUUGGUUCAAAACAUUGGUUACGGCACGGCCGUGAACUGCUUUUACUUGCCAGGAUGCGUCUUGGGUGGCUUCCUGAUGGACUGGAUCGGGAGGAAGCAGACCAUGACUCUUGGAUUUUUCUGUUGGGCUGUGCUCGGAUUCAUUAUUGGCGGUGCUCUGGCCCCGAUUCAGAAGAUCCUCGGCUUGUUCAUCUUCCUCUACGGCAUCUUCAACGCCUUUGGUGAGAUGGGUCCGGGUGUGGCAACGUUCCUGUGCGGAGCCGAGUCGUUCCCAACUCCAAUCCGUGGCCACUUCCUCGGUCUCGCUGCCGCUGUUGGCAAAGCUGGAGCUGCGAUCGGCACCCAAGUCUUCACACCCAUCCAGAACUCAUUCGACACGGACUUCAAGGGUGUGCAAGCUGUUUUCCUCAUCGGAGCUGCCUUCGCCGCUGUUGGUGGCAUCAUCGCUUACACCCUGAUCCCCAACAGAGAGCGCGAUCUUGAAGAUGAAGAUGCCAAGUUCCGGGCGUAUCUUGCAGAACACGGUUUCGAAACUGAUUUUGGCGAGAGCAUUGAAAAGGAGAUCAAGACAACCGGUUUCAAGGUUUAA